CUUUGUUAUGUCUUGUGAUUCGUUUUGCAAGCGUCAAAUGCUUUUGUUUCUAUUACUAACUCCAGCAUUAGGUACUCGAUCCCUCUGGAUACCGUCUGUCUAUAGAUCAACUACCUCGGGUACCUCACCUCACUUAGGCAGUCAGGUGCUUGCGCCGUUUAGACGGGAAAGCUUAUCUUGCAGUGCUCCAGAACCUGUGCCCGAGACGGUCAGGACCAAAUCACAGUAUGGUGCUGUUGGCAUUCAGACUGUGUGAGACGGACGGGCCAGCCAAUGUCCCGGAAUACAGCAGCAGAACAAACACAGCGAGAAGGGGGGGUGUCAGUAGAGAAAGUAGAGAACGUACGCGACUUUGAAGUUGCCCCAGUCCCUCAGCUGAUCGCCCUGCAGAACCCCCCAAACAUGAGCUCCGUUACGCGUACCACGUUCUCGUCGUUAAGUGAGGUAGUACAUGUACGUAGGUAGGCUUAGGUCGGCAUCCACAAGAGGAAACGGUGAUGCCGGAUAUGGAGGAGUCUUACUGCUGUGCCUCGUCUCUGUCAUAACGGUAAUCUAGCUAGAGCUGGGAAGCGCAGUCCCAGCGAUGGGGGUUGUCGGGAUAGAAGAGGUCGCCGAGGCCUAAUCCGACGCUCUAGUCG